CACGUCAUGACACAAAUCGGUAGGUUAAGAGCCGAUGGGAUUACUGGAUCUGGUAUUAAAAUUGCGAUAAUCGACACUGGGGUUGACUAUUCCCAUCCUCUACUUGGCAAAUGCUUUGGAAAAGGCUGUGUGGUAGGCUAUGGGUUCGAUUUUGUCGGCGAUGAAUACACUGGAAAGAAUACACCCGUUCCCGAUCCAGACCCUAUGGACUGCUCAGGUCACGGAACCCAUGUUGCCGGGGUCAUAGCAGCAAAAGAAAACGACUUUGGGUUUGCCGGGGCUGCUCCGGGUGUUGCCCUUGGUGCCUACCGUGUCUAUGGGUGUCGUGGC